AUGACCACAGGCAAGGUCUGGAUCAUCACAGGAUGCUCUUCCGGCUUCGGUCGAGAGAUUGCUCGUGCUGCUCUCGCCCGCGGCGACAUUGUUGUUGCAACCGCGCGAGAUCCCACAAAGCUGGCAGAUCUGGGUGCCAAGGGAGCUAUUCUGCAGCGUCUUGACGUGACGGACGAUGACGCACAUCUUGCCGAGGCCAUAGCGAGUGUGUUGACCGAGACUGGGGGCAAGAUUGACAUACUGGUCAACAACGCUGGCUACAUCCUCACGGGUGCGGUUGAAGAGUGCAGCCGUGAAGAGGUCCAGGCCACCUUCAACACCAAUGUCUUUGGCCAGCUCAACGUCGCCCGCGCCGUCCUACCCAUCAUGCGAAAGCAGAAGAGCGGCAUCAUAGCCAAUCUCGGUAGCAUUGGUGGCUGGCAGGGCACGCCAGGUGCCGGCCUGUACUGCGCCACGAAAGCCUGCGCUGCCAUGAUCUCCGAGGCAUUGCGCUUCGAGGUUGCCCAUCUCGGAAUCAAAGUCACAUGCGUUGAGCCAGGCUACUUCCGCACCAGCGUCUUGAGCCCCGGCCACCGAGUCCGCGCCAAAAAGAUCAUUGACGAGCUUGACAAGGGGGCAGGUGCCACUAUAGGUGCUCUGGAUGCUCUCGACCGUCAACAGCCCGGAGAUCCUGUCAAGGGUGCGGCGCUGAUUGUCGAGGUACUCACAGGCUCGGGUAGGGCAGAGGGGCGUGAUCUGCCUCCAAGGCUUGUUGUUGGAAGAGAUGCUUACGAGUUUGUUACUGGUAACAUGAACUCGAACCGAGUCAACUUGGGGUUAUGGAAGGAUCUAGCGACUUCAACGGAUUGUGACGUUUAA